AUGGCGGAAGGCAACGACGCUCGGAACGGAAACGUUGACUCCCUCAUCAGCAGGGAGCACGGGAGAAAAUACUGGGAAGCAACCGAAGCCAACGUUGAUGGCAUGCUCGGCGGUCUCCCCCACACCGACCACAUCAGCAGGGUCGACAUUCGAGGUUCACGCAACUUCCUGGCGAAGCUCGGCAUCGGAGCAAAGCCCGGGCAGCGUGUUGCAGCCAGCGCUCUGGAGGGCGGGGCCGGCAUCGGUAGAGUGACCCAGGGCCUUCUCCUUGACGGCAUUGCCAAGCAGGUCGACGUCAUUGAGCCCAUUGCCAAGUUCACUGCCGCGAUGCAGGGCAAGCCUGGUGUGAGAAGCGUCUUCAAUGUCGGCCUGGAAGACUGGCAGCCCACCGAAGGCGCGCAAUACGACCUCGUCUGGAUUCAGUGGUGUGUGGUGCACCUGACCGAUGAGCAGCUGGUCGAGUUUUUGAAGAGGUGCAAGUCGGCUUUGAACCCUGACGGGGGGUUGAUAGUAGUCAAGGAGAACAAUUCGACAGGUGGGAAGGACGAGUUUGACGACAUUGACAGCAGCGUAACGAGAGAGGAUGGUACCUUCCGACGCAUAUUCACUGAGGCGGGCUUGCGCCUCGUUCAGGUUGAGCUGCAAAGAGGCUUACAGGCUCGCGGCAUGCCAGCGCUGUUGCCAGUCAGGAUGUAUGCACUGAAGCCAGCGCAAUGA